CGUUAGUACCUCGGCCGAUUCAUUGGAACGAACAGCAACGGACUCGAGGCUUGAGGUACAGGGGGGUCCUUUACCCUGAGGUGAAGAGGGGGUUACACAACUCGGAAUUCAAAAGGACCAAAACACAUUUUUUGGACACUUUACAGGAAAACACGCUUUCCUAAUCGACGUGGGAUUCUGGGAUAGUGAUUCUGCUUCAGAAAAUGUGACGGGUCCGCCUUGUACCUGACGUCCGAUGGAGAAACGGAGAAAGAAGCGGUACUUCAUCUGCGGUUAACAAGCAGCGAGGCGCCGUACAACGACUUCGAACUAAUCGUAACAUUUGAAGCAAUUUUCACAGGCAAAGUAAUAUACGGACAUUUUAAAAUUGUACUAACAAGGUGGUGGACAAUAACAUCGAACUAAUGUAAUCAGGACUAACACGUAAUUUAGGUUUAUUUCGUAUAAUUCCAAUCAAGCACAGCAGCCAUGGUAAUGCUCUCCUGCUUGAGUUACAUGAGCGGCCGCCUCCAGGAGGUGCGCGAAGCUUUGAAGGGACUACAAGAUAUCGCUUGGCCUCGAACAUACAGUGUCCACGAAGUACCCGAGCCUUUUAGAGAGCCAGGGAUCGUCACAGGUUACAGGAGUGACCACUGCUCUCUUCGCCAAGCCAUCGUGUCUGUGUUUACACCCAACAACGAGGCGAUGAACGUCUGGACCCACUUCAUUCCCGCACUGUAUUUCGCGUGGCUGACGACGUCUUUUUCAACCUCAAUGGAUCUCUUCGGCGACCGGUUCUUGCUCCCCUUCACCUGCUACAUGAUCUCGGCGUGCGGCUAUAUGCUCAUCAGUUCCUUUGCUCACACCUUCUCCUGCGUAUCCCUCCUGGCCAGAUACGUUUGCUUCUUCUUUGACUACAUCGGAAUAUCUAUGUACUCAUGGGGCGCGGCCUUGCUGUGUUUUAAUUACAGCUUCCCUCCCCACCUGAUGGGAGGUUGGGCGUCCUACGUCUUCCUCCCGGUAGCUGCUAUGAACACCGUAGCAGCCACAUUCUGCUCGUGCCUGUCUCGGUUCUGCGAGGCGAAGGGAAUAAGGACGCUCUUACGCCUCGGGGCUUUCGCGGUGCCUGCCGUGUGGAUUGGACUGAUGUUAGUCCAGUGGGUCUUUACCUGCUUCUUGUACAGUGAAGUUUGCAAAGAGACAACGCUCUCCCUCCAUUUCGGUCACGUGUUCUUUCUCAUCUUGGGAGCCACCUUCUACGGCUCCCAUCUCCCUGAAUGCAUUUCACCAGGGAGCUUUGAUACAAUGGGACACUCACACAAUCUCUUUCACAUCUGCGUGGUUAUCUCCACUUACUACGAGAUGCUAGCUGGCUUAGAGAACUUGCAGUACCGACGAAGCAUCCUGGAAACCCUUCAGUGGUCACCGUCUCCUGCGUGGGUCACUCUCGUCACGCCGGCGCUCGUAACCCUCAAUGCCGUCACAGUCAUGGUCUUCACAUACUUCAUGCACCGUAAGUUGAACAGCGCCAGUUAUUCCAGUUCCGGUGACAGCAGCGCAGAGAUGCUCAACGGUCACUCCAAAUGCGCAUGAUGGAAUGGAAAUCAAAUUAAGUUUAUGAUUACAAUCCCUCCAAAGUAUCUCAUAUUCCUUCAUCUAAUAUACUAUACCCUUUCCUUUAAUUCUAAUCCCGAAUGUCACCGAAUAACCUACAUGAACCUAUAGCACACGAUAGACCACGCAACUCCCAAUCCUCAGUCCCCUGAAAACUACUCAUCCUCUCUCUCUCUCAGCGUCGCAUAUCCCCAGAACUCCUCCCUGCGUGGCCAUAUGACAAAAUCCCGAAUACAUUUGGCCAAAGAGACGAAUGAAUGUAACAUUAUAAUUUCCUGCAACACGCGAUGUGAUUCGAGCAAUGCUUCCCGAAAAUGUAAGACCGGAUUAAUUGUGUUGAUUUUUUUUUACCGACGAUUCUCAUGUUCUAGACUAGCUUAAGAGUCAGUAACACUGGAUGUAAAUAAAUCAAAGAUAUUAUUGUUAA